UGAAUACUACAGAACAGGCUACUACAAACAAGUUAAACCCAAAAUAAGAAUUUUGUAUUGCUUCUUUAAUGUAAAUAUUCAAUAUCAGGAAAAUUUAUGAAGUUUUUGGAACUUGGGAUUGAACUCUUGUAAACUGGCCUAGUAUUGUAAUCUUUAACCUUACUCAACGCAGGAAUCAGGAAAACUGCUUUUUCGAUUCCUGCGAUGUUUUGCUUCAUAAGAAAACAGGAAAGAGCACUAGCUUUUGUUAAUAAUGGCUGGGUAGCUAUAUUACAGAAACCACUCAAUGGUUCUUCGGAAGCGUUGAUUACUUUGAAUGUUGUUUCCCAUAAAGAAUUUGGAGAAUUACCAGGUUUUGAGCCUUUGAACGGAGGAAGACCAGUUAUUGGUAUACUAGGAGCUUUCUGUCACUCUUUUGGAGACGGUAAUGGAAGCGUUUUCAUCUGUAUUGUUCGAUCAGCGAAGCUGACGCUCCAGAUGGGAACAAAAGAGCCAACUUAUCAAAUACAAUCGGUUGAUUUCGUUUCUUUAGAUCGUGAUCUCUGGGACAAUGGUUUCGUUGGUCUUAAUCCGGACGCAACGCAACAUUACUCUUCCUUAGUUCAAAACAUUUCCAAUUCAACCUCAAAUGACCAAGGGAUAAGAGAAUCUUCAAAAUUAGCUGAAUAUCAUCCUUUAGCUAAUUUAAGCGAAUUACUUACGGAUGGCUCUUUCUAUGCAUCUCCCGAUAUUUGCUGUUUUACCAAACUAGAACCAAACACGCCGACUUCGUCUUGGGAUAUUUAUUGUUGGAAUCAAUUUAUGAUUCGAGAAUUCACUACACAUUUUGAUGAAACUAAGAUUGGUGAAAAACUACCGUCAUUAUUAUUACGUUGCUUCAGAGGUUAUGUUGAAUCCUACGAUAAUGGCGUGUUCGCAAUGGCCGUUAUAUCAAAACUCAGUAGCUAUGGAUCUCAGCAAAUGUAUCCGCCGUCUGGUUUGGAUGAUGACGCUUCUUGUUCAUUAUUCGUAGAGACUGAAUUUGUCGUUCAAGCGGAAAAGAAGCUUGCUAGUUUUUUACAGGUCCGCGGGACUGUCCCGUGUUUUUGGGAACAAGAAUAUUCAUCUUGGUAUGGGAUGAACGUUUCGUUUACAACUUCUGAGAAAGCAAGCCAAGGCCCAUGUAAUCGGCACUUCAUGAAGUUGCAAAGAGCGUACAAGGAAAUAUAUGUUUUGGAUCUUUUGGAUGAUGGUAAAGUUGAGGGACCGUUAAAAGAAGCUUACAAACAUCAUCUGAUUUUACUUCCUUUUCCUGUUGUUACAAAGCAAUUUCAUUCUUCGUUGGAUGAGAACAAUUCGAACUAUGAGGCUACUUUUAUGAAUUUUGUGCAGGAAACAAUCAAGGAUAUGUCAUUUUCUCUUCAAAAUGUUGAAUUAAAUACUUCCUCUUCCGUUCAGAAUGGCGUAAUUCGCACUAACGAUAUUGAUUGCCUUGGACGAACCAACCUCGCUCAGUGGAAAAUUUCAGAAACAAUGUUGGAAAAUUUGUUCAACUCUGUAAAUGCGGAACUUUCUGACGGUAUUCGUGACAUACAUGGCCAUCUUUGGUCUAACAACGGGGAUGCAAUUGCCAAGUUGGUAACUGGAGUAGGGUCCAUUGGGUCAAGCAUUUCUCGGAAAGGAUAUUCAUCAUUAUCUGGAUCCUUAAGCGAUUUAACUAAGACUUUUGGACGCAUGUAUCUUGGUAGGUUCCCAGAUGAAGAGACUCAAAAUACUAUACUAUACUUACUUGGUGCCUUCGAAGGACAAAAGUCUGUUUUAAUUGCUAACUCAGUAUCUUCUUAUGUUCAAGGUGUUUUGCAACAACGCCAUGAUGAAUAUGUUACCCACAAUGAAUGUUCAAUUUACUCCACAACAUUCAAUACAAACGGUAAACUCCCUUCUACAGAAGAAUUUGAAUAUUGGCUUUUACCUUAUGGUAAUCAAACACCAACAUAUGAUUUAUAUGUUGUAGGUAUUCAAGAACUCGUCAACUUAACCAUUGGUCACAUCGUGAAUACGAGCUCACAGAAAAUGAAACUUUGGGAGGAAAGAAUUUUACAAACACUGAAUUCGUAUCAUCCGAAUACAAAUUAUGUUUUGAUUAGCUCUGCUCAACUGACGGGUGUUUUUCUUACGAUUAUCGUUCGGGAAGACCGACUAAAUGCCAUCUCCAAGGUUUCGAAAGCUACCCGUAAAACAGGAUUUGGAGGAUUUGCGGCAAAUAAAGGAGCAGUAGCUAUUGAGUUAAACUUUUUUGAUACAGAUAUUUGUUUUAUAUCUUCUCACUUUGCUCCAAAGACUAACAAUAUUAACGAACGAAAUAUGGAAUAUGCAUCAAUUGUGGACGGAUUAGUAUUUGCGUCUGGCAUGAAGAUUUAUGAUCACAGCAAUAUCAUUUGGCUAGGUGAUUUUAAUUAUCGCAUUGAUGCAGACAAUGACGAAGCUCGUAAACUGAUUGAAGUUGGUGAUUUGAGUAAGUUAUACUCAUACGACCAGUUACGGAAAGAGAUGAAUGAAAAUCGUGUAUUUAUGAAUCUCGUUGAAAGUCAGCUUACAUUUCAACCGACAUACAAAUUCGAUUACAACACAAAUGACUAUGACACAUCGGAAAAGCAGCGUGUUCCAUCCUGGACUGAUAGAAUUUUGUCGACGAAGAAUAUCGUAAGGACAGCUUAUAUGUCAGUUGAUGUUCGCUGUUCAGACCAUCGUCCUGUUUUUUCAACAUUUUUAAUGCACACAACCAGAACCAACAAAGACAAAGAAGGUGAAAUUAUGAAAGAAGCUAGGAACGCCUACUUCACGAGUAACGUAUCAUGAUAUCUAAAUUAUGUUUUUUUUUUUUGUUACAACUAAUAUUUAAACUUAUAUAACGAAUAAUAAUUUACGUUUUUGGAAAUGAGACAAACAAG